AUGCCAGACGAGUAUGCGCCUCUCUCUCGUAUCUCCUCCAAAGGCGGGAUCAUCCUAAUGACUGAUAGAACCGUAGAAAGCCCCAGACAGAGCGGUGAUCCCCCCAAAACGCGAACCAGCCAUAGUGCAAGCCAGUCAGCUUCAUCUACGAGGGGAUCGGUGCCAUCAACCCCCACGUUACCCGUGGACAAGAGCUUCUCGUUCCUUCUUCGACGGGACAUCUACCAUCCCCUCUCACAAUUAGAAGUACCGCCCGCAUUUCGUUCGGAAUUUCGAGCGCUGCCCCCGAACCCAUCCCUACACUCUGCCCUAUUAAUCUUGGACGACUUGUUAAGUGAAGGACAUUUCCUCCUAGCGGCCCAUUUCUCGGCGGCAAUCUUAACAUCUCCCAUAAUAUCCUCAAACGAUCAUUCAAGUAUAUUUUCACUUUUCUAUACCCGUCUGGCUUGUCUUGAGCUCUGCGGAAAUACCUUGCUUGCAGCUCAAGAAGUAAAGGCACUGGAGGAUCUUAGCUCAGCAUUCUACUACCUUGACAGCGACACGGGUAGCCGAUCUCAACACGUAGUGCCAUGGCCACUCCGCGUUCUGGCCGUGCGGCUGCAGAGUAUCGGUUUUGGUGACGCAAGGAGAGGGAUCACGGGAUUAUAUGAGCUUGGUCUGGAGGCCAGGACGCAGAUAUUGCGUCCAGAGAUCGGGCACGAGGAAAAGAAUAUGUGGAAAGAACGGCUAGGCGACCUGGGCAUCCGAGCCGUCAAUACAUUGAUAGAAAUGGGCGAUUUGGAGGCUGCGCGGCGAUCGCUGGCAAGCAUGAAGGUCCCGCAAGCAAAUGGCUUAGAGAUCGCGAGAAUGGUGCUUCUACAUCUUAGGAUCGGGGACAUAGAGGCGGCAAGGGUGUUGUUGGAAAGCUCUCCAAAUGUAUCAGGUGGUAUUCUGGGUCCUCUGCUAAGCAUGGCGGAAGGUCGAUUUACCGAUGCCGUCACCGAGUGGAGAAAUCUACGUGACCAUCAAGUGAUAACAGAGGAUGAAACCCUGGUCGCACAAAAUCUAGCAGUGUGCCUACUCUAUGUAGGAAAGCUCAAUGAGUCAAGGGAAAUACUCGAGUCUCUCAUCAGAAGCAACAAAUCUUUUCAGAGCCUCACGUUUAACCUCUCAACAAUCUACGAACUUUGCUCGGAGAAUUCACAAAAGCUCAAACUCGAUCUGACGCAGGAAAUUUCCAAGCAUGCGCCAUCGAGAGAUAUCAACUGGGAGCGGCCAAAUUCAGACUUUAAAAUAACGAAUUGA